AUGGGCCGCCCCGCCGCCGCUGCCACCGCGCUGCUGUGCCAGCUGGGGCUCUCCGCAGCCAUCCAGUGGCUCGGGCUGGCGGGCAGCGGGGUGGCCUGGAACGAGAGCCAGCACUGCCGGCUGCUGGUGCCCGAGCAGCUGCAGCUGUGCCGCCGGCACCUGGAGGCGAUGCCCAGCGUUGUCCGGGCCGCCCGCCGGACGCAGCAGCUGUGCCAGCAGAGCUUUGCCGACAUGCGCUGGAACUGCUCCUCCAUCCAGCGUGCCCCCAGCUUCGGGCCGGACCUGCUCACAGGAACGCGGGAAGCCGCCUUCGUGCACGCCCUGGCAGCGGCGGCCGUGGCGCAGAGCAUCGCCCGCUCCUGCGCCUCCGGGGAGCUCCCGCGCUGCUCCUGCGGCCCCGCGCCCGCCGAGCCCCCCGCGCCCGCCUCCCGCUGGGGCGGCUGCGGCGACAACCUGAGCCACGGGCUGCAGCUCGGCGCCGCCUUCACCGACGGCUCCGCCAGAGCCGGCGCCGCCACCGCGCCCGGGCUCCGCGCCAUGAACCGGCACAACGGAGCCGUGGGACGGGCGGUGCUCAGUGACUCCCUGGAUACCAGGUGUAAAUGCCACGGGGUUUCAGGCUCCUGCUCAGUGAAGACCUGCUGGAAAGGGCUGCCAGACCUGGGUGAAAUCGCCUCUGACCUCAAAUCCAGGUACCUGGCAGCCCUCAAGGUGACCCAUCGGCUCGUGGGGCCCAGGAAGCAGCUGAUCCCCAAGGAAGGGGAUGCCAGGCCAGUGACAGAGAUGGAUCUGGUUUAUCUCAUCAGCUCUCCUGACUACUGCACCCCAAACCCCCAGCUGGGUUCUCUGGGGACACAGGACAGGCCGUGCAACAGGAGCUCAGUGGGCAGUGACAGCUGUGACCUGCUGUGCUGUGGCCGUGGCUACAACACCUACACGGAGGAGGUGCAGGAGCGCUGCCACUGCCGCUACCGCUGGUGCUGCUCCGUGGUGUGCCGGCGCUGCCGCCGCAGCCUGGACAGACACGUCUGCAAGUGA